AUGAAUAACGAGCAACUUAAAAGAUUUUUGGUUUGUUUGCCGUCCGAUCUUGGGUAUAAUAAACCCUUGGUAAUCAGGCAGAAUUUGUAUAGGGUGCUAUAUUAUUCGGCGACAAAUGAUGGUAAGUCUCUUGAGAAAUUAUUUCCCCAUAUCACAGAGGAAGAGUUGGAAUCUUUACAGUAUGUCAAGGAUACUGUUAUUACUGAGAAUGAUAAAAGACCAUUUUACAAUAUAAGGACAAGUAGGACAGACUAUAGUCAUCCGUCUGACAAAGCAUGUGCUCGACCAUUUAAGAAGGGAGAGCCAGUCUAUCGAUGUGAGCAAUGUAGUUAUGAUGAUACGUGUGUGCUUUGUGUCCAUUGCUUCAACAAAGAUGACCAUAUUGACCAUAAUGUUUACAUGUACAUAUCAAAAGGAAGCAGCGGAGGAAUAUGUGACUGUGGAGAUCCUGAAGCCUUUGUGAGGCCUUUACAUUGUAAAUGCAGUCAAAACAUAGGGGUGGAUAACGAAAAUGACAUUACUGAAAUAGGCCGCUCUCUAGAAGAAACAAUUAGGGUAUGUUUGGACUAUAUUCUAGAUGUUACAAAUUUUUCUGUUCAAACAUUACCAUUUAUUCACGCAAAUAUUGAUAAAGAUGGUAGUCCAUUGACAACUGAGGUCAUCUCAAAUUAUUCUUCUUUGCCAGCUGGCAGCUAUGGUGGAGCAAUUGACACAAACUCAAAAGAUUUGUGGUAUUUGAUCUUAUGGAAUGAUGAACACCAUGACUUUCCACAGGCGAAGAGGGCUAUAAGGGCAGCUACAGGCUCAGAUGAAAGAAAAGCUGACGUAAUUGCCCAUGAAAUCAAUACUUACGGGAACUAUAUCCUCCGUGAGGCUGGAAGUUUUCGUGAAUUGCUCAAGUAUAAAAGUGUUGUUGAGAUGGACGGAUUGGUGUCUACGAUUUGCAGUGCAAGGGACUACAUGAGACAGAUUAUUGUCAAGCAUAUUUUCAACUGGUUGAUAGAUAUAACAAACUUUUCAGGAAAUACCAAGUUCCGUGAAAUGAGUAAGAGCUAUUUGGUUGAUUUACUUUUGGAACCUAACUUUCAGUUCUCGAAAGUUUUUCCGGCUGACUUCAUUACAGGACUCUCAAUUAAUGAUAAAAGAAGAUGUUUCGAGAAUGGUAUUCUCUAUGACGGUCAGAUGGUUAAUUUAGGACUCUGUAGGGUAAAGAAACAUAGUGAUAUUAAAGAAUUUAUGCGUCCAGCUCAUAUAGUACUCGAUACCCGCAAAAAGCUUGACAAUUUAAAGAACUCGAGAUUACAAUUUCUAUUGACAUUUCAAACCAGAUUUUCGUCAGCAAUUAGAAAAAAGUUGCCUAACUUGCUAUUGCCUCCAAUAAUGGCAGAUAAUGAGAAGAAAGCUAAUUUCAGCGAGCAAUUUGUUUCAAUAUACCCUCUUUUGAUAACUACGAUGGCUCUUUCGGAUAGGGAAGAAAAUUUGAAUAUUCUCGAUGAGAUAUCGACGCAGGUUUUAACUUGCCCUAAAUGCGUUUCAGGAAUAGUAGAAAGAGAUGAUGUAGGAAACUUAAUUGGUCCUGUUACCCAAAUUAUUGAAGAACACUCCUCACGAUGGAAUUAUGAUAGCGGUUAUCCCAAUUUUGUUGAAAUUGCCAAAGGGCGUCCCCAAACAUAUCGAUCAAUAAAGAAAGCGGUGAUAAGAGGCAUAAGGGAUGUGAGCUAUUUAGCUGACAAGAAUUUGAAUGAAGGAAGUAAGUUUUUGGAACAGGAUAACCUAUUAAUGCUUUUAUUAUUUUUGAGGAAUUUUCAGGGAUACUGGCCAAUUGAAAGAAAAUACGGUGACCAUGUUGAAAGAGAGAUAUUAGAUUUUGUUGUUCACUUGGAAUAUUCUACCACAAUUCUCAACAUCACAAAAUUGAUUGCGAGGAAUCCAAUUAAAGAUGAGAGUCAAGUAAGAAAAGUUGUAAGUUUAAUUACCGAGUUUUUAAAUUUAAGAAAAUUGAAGAAACAAGCACCUGGAAUUGCUGAGUUUCGUGUAAGUAAAGACCCCACCUCUUUCGUGAAUCCUAUCAACUCGUUACUUUCUUAUCUAUUGCAAUUUCAAAGGCUUGAAGAUUAUCAAGAAGUUUUAAAAAAUAGUAACGAGCCGUUCAUGAAUAUUUCAGAUGUUUCCUUAAGGAGUAUUGUUUUGGCGAGUCAGAUUAAGAUAGGGUUUUGGAUUCGAAAUGGAAUCACCGUCUCAAGACAGGCUUCUUUAUACACGACUCUCAUGAGCGAUUUAGCUUACUAUAGAGAUUUUCAUUUAAAUCAAGUUGCUGCAGUGCUUGACGAUCCAAGAGCUACUUUGUACAAUUUUUUAGACAGAUGGGAACUUUUAACUUGGUUUUUGAAUGAUGUUUCACAUGAUAAGACAAUUUAUCAAGAAAGGUUCAGCUCUAUAUGUGAGAAAUUUGUCGUAUUCAUUUACAAUUUGCUCACUGACAGGUCAAAUUUUAAAGCCUUGUCUCCUGAAGAAAGAAUUAUAUAUAAUGCUAAGCAAUCUAUAUGCUAUACGCUAUGUGAUGAACCCAAAUCUUAUUCAGAGUUAAGAAACCACGUUGAUUUAGAGGUCAGCGAGUUGAAGGAUUUCGACUCGAUCUUAUAUGAUUGCGCAGACUAUCAAGCUCCAACAGGAUUAGUUGAUUCAGGAAUAUACAGACUCAAAGCUAAUAUUUUUGAGGAAUUGGAUCCCCUCAAUUUACAUCUCGAUUCCAGUCAAUUUGAGUCCGUAUCAGAAGCUUUAAUUAAGAAUGUUGCAAGAAGUAAGGGAAUAAGUGAAGAUGACGUUGUUUUAACCCCUAGUCUUUUCAAAAGUGGAGUUGAAAUGGUCGACGAAAGAAUUGGGAAUUUUACUAAGACGAAGGAUUUCGCGAAGUUGCUUUACAAACUUUUGCAAGCAUCUCUAGAUGAUGCGGAUGAGACAUAUUUACCUCAACUUUUGCAUUUGAUCCAUGCGGUCUUAAAGGAUGACGAAUUGAAACAUGGUCCAGAUUAUUUAUGCGAGUCUUUUGUCAGUAUUCCUAUAAGUGAUUUAUUGCUAACUAUAGUUGAAUCUACGAUGUCUAAACACAUAGUAAAAAAAGCUGACUUUUUGGUGGACCAGUUUAUUUCAAAAGACAAAAGAAUAUUUGAUAGCCUCAUAGAUUGUUUUGGUGAGGAUUACAUUCAAUCAUAUAAAAAGAGAAAGGUGGGGUUGUUUGAAUCGGAAUCUGAGAAAAAAAAGAGGUUAGCAGAGGAACGCAAAGCCAAAAUAAUGAAGAAAUUUGCAAAGAAGCGUGAAAAAUUUUUAGAAAAUAAUAAAGAUUUUCAGGGAAAAGAGAAGAUUACAACAGAGCAAUCUAGUAGCCGCUCGUGCGUUCUUUGCGGAGACAUAGAAUCUACUGAUGAACCUUUUGGAAUCCUAGCUUACAAAACUAAAACUUCAACUUUGUGGAAGAUACCAGAAGAUGCAAAUGACUAUUCUUCAUUAGCAUUUCUGUCUCUCGAUCAUCAGGAUAACCCUAAAAAUGGAGAUGUUUAUGGCAAUGGAUAUAAUUACUCAAUCAUUGAAUCUCCAUUAAACAAUGCAUCGAUUGAAGCUUGUGUACUAUCAACAUGUGGUCACUUUAUGCACUUUUCUUGUUACCAGAGAUCAGCUAAUGGCUUGAAGCACUUUCCUUGCCCUUUAUGCCAUAGUCUUCAUGAUGUAUUUAUACCUAGCUUUAUGCCGCCAGAAUCUGAUAGUAUGGGAUAUUUGUCAGAUAAAGAGCCGACCACCAUCAAAUAUAAUCAAAUCCUUUCCUCAACAAAUCGGUUAAAAUCUCAGCAGCUAAUGGCAUCACAAGUCAAUACAGCGUACUCCUCUGUGAACGAAGUUACUUCUAAAAGGCUCAUGAAGCCUAUAGUUGAGGAUUUAAUGCCCUAUAUCAGCGAAAAAAGAUAUCUAGUUGAAGUAAAUGAAAACGAUAGAAGCUUCAAUCGUCUUCAAAACCUCUCGGUUUUAAUCGCAGAUGUAAUUCGGAUGAAUGAGAUCUCAACACGUUUAGAUGGUGAAUCCAGCUUAUUUACUUUCUUAGAUGAUUUCCCAUCUGCUGCCAAGAUUUUGAUUAAGUCUUUGAUCCAAUGCAGGGUCUCGGCAUAUGAAACUCGAUCUAAGUUUCUCUCAAAUCACAAUGAUUUCAAACUUCAAACAGAGACCUUUUGGCAAUCUGAUAUAUUGCUUGACGGAACAUUCAAUGAAGUAGUGGUGUUAUUUUUUCAGACCGAAGAAUCUUUUAUUACACUAGCAAGGCUUGGAUAUGCUAAACUCCUAACAAUUACGAUAUAUUCUCUUCUAGAAAGAUGUUCUCGUGAUCCCGGAUAUGCUUAUUGUAUUUGUCAGACGAAGAAGGUGCUUAGCGAAGCACAAUAUGGUAACUUUGCAAAGCUAGUUGAUAUGUUUCUGGAUUCCAUUGAUUUUAAAUCUAUUGCAAGUAACAAAACAAACUUUUUGAGGGCUUUGUAUUACAGCGUUGAAAGGGUCUUGUUGCCUUAUUUCAGGAACUUGACGAUAUUUAAAGAUAUGCUCACGUCUCUGAUGGAUGAGGAGAGUAAUUACGUUUCUCGGGGUGAAUUCGUUGAAUUGAGGGAAAAAAUAAAAAACCAAAAGAGGGUUGAUUCUUCCGAUGCUUUAACAAGCUGCUUGGGUUUGGCACCAUUUCAGGACCUUAUUAACGGUAUUGCAUCGUCUGGAGUUGAUGAAAAUUUUGCUUUCGAAUAUAAAGUUUUUGAAAUUGUUCUCAAUGCAAAAAUCCCAAAACAUAUGCAUCUCGGAGUUUUGACUCUUGAUUAUCCUGGUGUCAUUCAGCUCAUAAAUCUCCCCAAAGAUUACACCUCAUGUAUUACUGAUUAUGAUAAUAACUCUAUCCAGGGAACCUACGAUUACAUUAUAUGUUUGCACUGUGGAGCGAAGUUAAAACUAUCGAGACAAUCUCAACAUAUGAGUGGCUGCAGUAAGCACACUUCCAUAUUUUAUUAUCCAAGAUUAAAUGUACUCAAAGUAAGUACACACAUCGAGCAUAAUCAGUUCACAAUUGAACUCUUUGCUCCAUAUUUGACUGUCCAUGGAGAACCGAAACGCCCUAGAACACCCGGUAAGGCAACCUUAAAUCAAUUCAGAUACAAGUAUUUGAAUAAAUUAUGGUUAAAUCAAGGGUUGUACGGUUUUGUUACAAGAAGCUUGUUUGGUGCCAGACAGCAACCUGGUGUACAAUUCGACGGAUUUAAUUUCACGGCUGAUGAUGAAGAUGACGAUGAAGAUGAAGAUUUUGAUGCCGAGUAUAUUUGA